AUGAAACAGCUUAAAAGAAGGCAUACGGCUGAGAAUCUAAAAAAUGAAAUUGAAACUGUUUUGCAAGAAUUUGACAUAAAGAAGAACCAAAUUUACAGUAUAACGACAGAUAAUGGACGGAACAUUUUAAAAGCAGUAGAAUUAAUUUCUGAUGAAAAUGACGUGGAAGUUGAUGAAGAAAGAGAGCGGUUCAGCAAUGAAAGUUACGAUAAUAACAAUGAACAGUGUGUUGAUGAUGUUAUACAAAAUUUCUGUAAUGAAUAUCAAAAUAUUAUAUCGGUCAAAUGUGCAGCCCAUACAUUACAAUUAGCUGUUAAGGAUUAUUUGGCAGAAAAUAAAAUCGAAUUAAUACAUCAUGCUCGUCAAGUUGUUAAAACAUUAAGAACAUCAACAUUUAGAUACACUUUACAACAUUUGCAUUUGAGAAAACCACAAAUGGAUGUUCCAACACGGUGGAAUUCGACAUAUCAAAUGUUAGAAAGGCUGUUGGAGCAUAAAGAUUUUUGCAAAGAAAAUUUAAAAGGACCUCUGGCCUUAACAGAAGAGGAAUGGAACGAGAUCCAAGAACUAAUCUCAAUAUUAAAACCUCUGAGUAAAACGACUUUAACAAUGCAAACAGAGCAGCUAUUUUUCGGAGAUUUUUAUAAGCAUUGGUUGAAUUUGAAAAUACAGCUACAGUCAAUGGCAUCCGAAACAGCUAAUACAAUCUUGGCAAAAUUGAAAAGUAGAGAAUCGCAGUUAUUAGACAACGAUGCACUUAAUGCUGCGAUUUUUUUAGAUCCGCGAUUAAAACGGCUCUUGUCUACAGAAAAAAAAACAGAAGCAAAGAAACAUUUGAAAAAAGUUGCUGCUCAUAUGCUUUCUAUUAAGCAGAAUGAUAGCCAAAUAAACCAAAAUCAACAGAAAGGUAUCUGUAACGAUAGUUUAGAAAAUAGCGGAACUACUUCUACAAAUAAUUCAGCUUCUCUUCUUGAACAUUCCAUAAGAAUGAUGGAAGUGGAUGUGUCCUCCUCUGAUGAUGAAUCUGAAAUUACUAGUUAUCCCGAAAUUAUCAAAGCAUACUCAGAAAUUGAGAACUAUAAGGAAAAACGAAUUAAUAUCAAUCAAAAUAUUGUCGAAUAUUGGAGGAAACAAAAAUAUAAACUUCCAUAUUUGUCGAAGUUGGCACUAAUAAUUCACGCUGUUCCUGCGACUCAA